AUGGCGCUCGGGAGGGGCGCCGCUUCGGCCGCGGAGGAGCCCGAGGCGACGGGCGGGCCCCCCGUUGCGGCGGGCAGAGGCGGCGCCGCGGCCGCCCCCACUGGCCGCGGCGCUCGCGGCAGAGGCGGCGGCGGUCGCUCGGCACCGCCCAAGCAGAAGGGGACGGCGGCGGCAGAGGCAAGCAGCAGCAAGGAGAGCACCAUCGGCCCCUUCGCCGUUCGCCAUGUCUCCGCCGACACACGGGCCAGCAACAAGGGCCGAUGCGGCCUCUGCAACAAGAGGGUGUCCACAGAGAACCCCUUCCCCGACGUCAAGUUCCCUGGCGAGGCCGUCAAGAAAGUCACCGCGGGCUGCGCGUUCCACACGCUUGGCUACGUACGGGGCCAGUGGUAUCUCGACCAUGGAUGGGUGCAGUUCUGCGGCGUGUGCGGGUCCGACCAGGAGAUCUCCGAGGCCUUCGAUCUGACGUGUAGAGUCGCGGCUGGCCGGGCCAGCCAUGCUGGGGGCAGCCGCGACGUGGCCAUAGAACAAGAGACUGGCGUCACGGUCUUCUCCGACUGCGUCCUUCUCACCGACGCGAACUACAAGCUCAACGUAGUGCCGAAGGGCGCCGAGGCGGUCACCAUGGCCGACGCGGGCGAGCGCAUCACCGAGCUCCACAACGAGCACCGCGACGAGAAGGUCAAAUGCGUUCUGAUCGCGGACCCCGACCAGCUCGCUGAUAAGACUUGCCGCGAUGGGCAGGGCCAUUCGACAGAGCAGAAGGUGGAGAAGUACAUGAGGGACGUGUUGCCGACAGCGCUUCGGGGGCACGUCACCGCCCCAACCCUGGAGGAUGCCCGAAAGCGAGCUCUCGGGGCUGCGAGGGCGAAAGGUUGCAUGGCGGCGCCCCGCUCUGGCUCGUGGGCGGAGGGCGCCAGCCCCGCGGCCGCUGAGCCAGUCGUCGGGCAGCAACCGCCUCGGGCGGAACCGCUGGCACCCUGCGACGGCGAGGAGGGCGCGCGCGACCGCGCCGCCGACGCUCGCAGCAACGCAGAUGCGAUGUCGAACGCUGGCGGCGCAAUGUCCAGCGGCGGCAGGAAGAAGACGGCGGCGGUAUGCGACGACGAUGCUGGCAAGCAUCGGCUCCAGGAGCUGGCGCGCGACAUCAAUUUGCGCGGCGUCCUGGGCAAGGGGAAGGACAGCCAUGGUUUUGGUAGUCGCAUCUACGCGCUGGGGCGCAGCAAGGCGUCUGUGGAAUCUGUGACUGAUGCCCAGAAGAAGCUCCUGGUCGACAUCGAUGUGUGCAACUCGCUCGGCGGGGGCGCGGUGAAGACCCUCGCGGCCACCCAGAGGGAUGAGAUCCCCAAGAAGAUCAAGCACGUUAACAUCACCAAUGCAGAGUCGUUCAAGCGGAAGCUCUGCGAGUUGCACCUCGAGGAGACCGACGGCGCGGUCGACAGGCUCGCCCUCUGCGUGCCUUGGGUUGCGGACCUCGACGAAGCGGCAUUCUCGACGUCUACGCCGCUGUUCAGUCAAAUCGGGCUUGCCACGGAGAAGCUCGCGGGGUUUUCGAGGGGCGCGUUCGUCAACUACGUGGUCAACGGCGUCGUCGAGGCGGACAGGGUCGACGAGGCAAACGUGGAUGCCCUCCUGAGUGCCAUCGACGACUACGUCGGCGCCAAAGAGUUGCGCGAUGCCGCGCCAGGGGGCAUGCGUGACUACGCGUACGAGCUGUUCGCCUUCAGCCAGAGCAUGGCCGUUCUGAUGGAUCCCACUCCCACGGCGUUGACGUUCUGCCCAAUCAGGGGCGACGCGCGGAUGUUCUUGAGGGAGGAGUUGGGCGCGGAGUAG